AAGAGAGGAGACUGGGUUUAUCCUUCCUAAAGAGAGGUUGGACACUGUGAACUUGGUGGGACACUUUCAGAGAACCAUGUCCACCGUCGCUUCGCUUCGCGUUGUUGUGCGCUUGGCGAGCAGCGGCAGAUCGGUUAAGAUCGUAAGAAGUCGGCAAGAGUUCGGCAUUUUCCGGAGGAGCAUAACAUUGGUGCAAAAGGGUGCAUUGCUUAUUACCUUACCAUCUCUAUCUUUUAUGGGAUAUGAAGCAUAUAGGAGAGGUUUUUGUGCAACUACAGUUUUUGCACGUGACAAAGCUGAAGAAGCUAUAGAACAAGCUGACUACUUGUACAGCUGUGGAGAGACAGAAAAACUUUACCAACUGUUGCUACAGUAUAAAGACAGUGAUGAUGCUGAGUUUCUGUGGAGGCUGGCUCGAGCUUCACGUGACCUCUCCUUAUUGCCUAACAUUGCUGCUGACCAGAAGAAAAAGCUCACCUAUGAGGCCCUUGAGUAUGCCAAAAAUGCACUAGAGAAAAAUGAAACCUGCUUUGCUGCACACAAAUGGUAUGCUGUUUGCCUGAGUGAUGUGGGAGAAUAUGAAGGUGUCAAAGUGAAACUAGGAAAUUCCUUCAUCAUUAGGGACCAUUUGGUGAGGGCCAUUGAGCUAAAUCCAAAAGAUGCCACCUCUAUUCAUAUCUUAGGUUACUGGUGUUUUGCCUUUGCUGAUUUGCCUUGGUAUCAGCGUAAAAUUGCAGCGGUUGUCUUUGCAUCACCACCUACAUCUACAUUUGAAGAGGCCUUGGCAUACUUCCUGAGAGCUGAAGAAGUGGACUCAAAUUUCUAUAGCAAGAACCUGUUGAUGCUUGGAAAGACGUAUAUUAAGCUUAAAGACAAGGAGAAGGCUCUUCUAUGGCUGAACAAAGCACGAGACUAUCCUGCCAUUACGGAAGAAGACAAACAGGUUCACAAAGAAGCUCUUGAAGUGCUGAAGAAACUCAACGGCUGAUUCGUUGUUUAAUCAGUGCAAUAUCAUUGGUUAUUUUAACUUCUGUAGCCUUAACAGAAAACAAUUGUCAAUGGCAUUAAACUGGGUGUAAUACUUGAUUGUAAACUAAUUGAUGACUAAUGAAUUAAAUUUAAUUUGUUGAAUGAUAUGUUGGUUUUUAUAUUUGUGAUGACUGUUAAACUACUAAAACUAUUACAAAACAAUACUGCCUCCCAUCCAGUCAAGCUACUACUGUCUGCACUAUACCAUCACCUAGUGUACUAUCUAGGAAAGGGGACAGGGAACACUCACUUACUUUCACCAAUGCAGUUGGAGUCUAAGUCAUCUGUUCUUGAACACUGGGAAUUUUUUUAAGAUUUCCCAGAUUUAAGCUGCAGUAAACCUGAAUUUACUGACAUAACUUAUUGUUGCUGUUCAAACCUACAUUAUUUUGGGGUUGCAGGCCAAAAAAAGGGUGUCAGGGAAAAAUUAUAAAAAUAAAAUAAACUUGUUUGCAUA